GUAGGUGUGAGAUUUGACCAAACUACCACAUAAGAAGAGAGUAGUAAGAAUAAGGCAGCCAUCCAUCCAUCCAUCCAUCCUCCAAUCCCAUUUUCUGAAACUUCCUAACACCUUACGCCCCCCUCCCCUCUUUCAUUCUCCUCAAUAUAUAAACCCAAACCAACAUCCUCCUUUUCCCAAAUCAGCCUCCUCCUCCUCCUCCUCCUCCUCCUCAAACUCACUAAAGCAAAGCCUGAAGACACACAUCUUCAUCUUACCAUAUACCCAAAAUCUCCCAUUUCUUAAAUACCCAAUUCUCCAACUUACCCUCUUCAUCAUCGUCAUCAUGCAUUUGCAAUCCCUCACCCUUUCCUCUUCCCAUUCCCUCCUCAAAUCCAUUCCUCACUUCCCCACCUCCACCUCCACUUCCACCUCCACCACACCUGCCGUCCGCCUCCGUAUCCAAUCCGUCUAUCGAUACGACCCCGUCACCUACCCCAACGCCAUCGGCUCCUCCCGUGCCGACUGGCAAAGCUCCUGUGCCAUCCUCUCCAGCCAAUCCCAACGACUCCUCUCUCAAGAUGACCCUUCUUCUUCUUCUUCUUCUUCUUCUUCUUCCGAUCACAUCUCCUCCGUCAAUGGCCACAACUCCACCAUCGAGAACCUCAACCUUGUCCCCAUCCAGAACCUCUCCGACUCCACCUCUCUCAAACCCCAACCCAAACCCCUUACCAUCACCGACCUCGCCCCCCCUCCUAUGCACGGCUCCAACCUCCGCGUCGCUUACCAAGGAGUUCCCGGCGCAUACUCCGAAGCCGCCGCCGGUAAAGCUUACCCUAACUGCGACGCCAUCCCUUGCGAUCAAUUCGAAGUCGCCUUUCAAUCUGUUGAACUCUGGAUCGCCGAUCGCGCCGUUCUCCCUGUUGAAAACUCCCUCGGCGGUUCUAUCCACAGGAAUUACGAUCUCCUCCUCCGUCAUAAGCUUCAUAUUGUUGGUGAAGUUCAAUUACCAGUUCAUCACUGUCUUCUGGCUCUACCUGGAAUCCGUAAAGAGUAUCUGACUCGCGUCAUUUCUCAUCCUCAAGCCCUAGCUCAAUGUGAACACACCCUCACAAAACUGGGACUGAACGUGACACGUGAAGCGGUGGAUGAUACAGCCGGUGCGGCGGAGUUCGUUGCGAUGAAUGACCUCCGAGAUACAGCGGCAAUCGCUAGCGCUAGAGCAGCAGAGCUUUACGGUCUGGAUAUAUUGGCGAAUGGAAUCCAGGAUGAUUCGGGUAACGUGACGAGAUUUGUGAUGUUGGCGAGGGAACCGAUAAUUCCACGGACGGAUCGGCCGUUCAAGACGAGUAUUGUAUUUGCACAUGAGAAAGGGACGUCGGUUCUGUUCAAGGUGUUGUCGGCUUUUGCGUUCAGGAACAUUAGUUUGACGAAGAUAGAAUCAAGGCCGCACAGGAGCCAUCCGAUAAGAGUAGUGGACGGGGCGGAUGCGGGAACGGCGAAGCAUUUUGAGUAUCUGUUUUAUGUGGAUUUUGAAGCUUCAAUGGCGGAGCCAAGGGCUCAGAACGCACUGGCUGAGGUUCAGGAAUUCACUUCUUUCCUUAGGGUACUGGGGAGUUAUCCUAUGGAUAUGACCCCAUGGAGUCCUUCUCGGGAGGAAUGAGGAUUAUUAGCCUUUUUCUUUUUCUUCUUUCUUUUGUCAUUGUUUAAUUAUCCAACCUUCAUUUUCUUGGAUCCAUUGAAAAAUAGAGAUUCAUAAAAAUUGUUUCUAAUAUUCCAAAUUUCUAUUCAUCUUUCUUUCUUUCAGUAUUUUUUUCCAUAUUUCUUUUGUUGCUUGCUGUUCUUUGUUCCUCAUCGGUGGUAGGUGUAGUACGUAUACCCGUGUA